AUGAGUGCAUUAUACGAUCAAGUUUUAAAAUCAAAUAUUUAUAUUCAACCCAUACUAUUCACAUUAGUUUUAGUCACAAAUAGUUUCAGUAUUCGCAUCCUCGCAUCCAAUGCUCUUCGUAGUUCACCUUGCUCGCAUUAUUUCAUUGCUUACGCAAUUCUGAGCAUUAUUUAUACUUGUUUGAUAUGUCCAACACAAGUUAUACGUGCUUUGUGGAUUGGAUGGGAGAAUACAUCGGUAGGAUGUAAUAUAUACUUUUACAUCAUAUUCUCGCCACCAAUACUUGCUCGAAUAAUGCUUGUUUUAGUAUCAUUUGAUCGAUAUUGUUCUAGUUCAAAAUCCCGUCGAUUAAAUUCAGCAAGUACGAAACGAAAAGCUCGUAUAAAGAUUGUUAUCAGUACGAUAUUGGGCUCUGUAUACAUGUUACCUAUGUUUUUCAUUUAUUACUUUGACUCAACAACUGGAAUAUGCCGGCUAUACACCACUUUACCAGCCAAUAUUUAUACGUUUUCUCAAGUCAUUAGUUACUACAUGUUGGGGCCAAUAUUCAUACUCACUUUUGGACUUCUGACUAUUGUUAAUAUUCGUAAACAUUCUAUCCGUACAGGAAUACAAAACGGUCCAACGACGUCCACUCGUCGAACAGAAGGACAGUUGGCACGUAUGCUAAUUCUUCAAAUAUUUGUUCAUAUAAUUCUAACCACUCCGUUCGGUGUGAUCUACUGUUUAAAUGUAUUAAAUACAGCGACACGUACACCGACUAUAAUUGCUAUACGAUAUAUUUGUCUUAUAUGGACGCAAUGUGAUUAUUUUAUUUCAUUUUUUCUUCAUAUUUUGUCUGGAAAGGUUUACCGUGAGCAAUGUUGUCGAUUAUUCAAACCUCUCAGGAAACAUCCGCAUCCAGACCAAACUAUUGUUAUUUGA